UUACAGGACUGUAGUUAUGCGGCAUAACGCAAAAUAUCCAGCAGAGGGAUCUUGCUGGUCACAUAAAUCUCCCGCGGCUCUUUAGUUAUAUCUUUAAAUGGACAGCACAGCUGAAUUGUGCCGUUGAUAAAACCCAGAAUUUCCUGUCUUCAGUGUGAUCUAUUGCACUUUUCUCUGCAUGUGCGUCUUCAGAAGGAAAAGUGAAAGCUACUCGAAAAGAAGAAAAGGAUGACAGAAUAGAUUGUGGUCAUAUUCAGGAAGCCUCAUCGCACAGAGAGAGGACAGUGAUGGUCAUGGCAGGAAGUCUGAAUACUCCAUCAUGAAGCAGGGUAAUCGUUCACACACACCUGGAAGCACAGCCCUGUCCUGCCUUGUCACGCCCUGCCACGCGCUGUCCCUCCCCACCCCCCUCAAGAUCUGACUAUGGUCUGCCAAAGACAGAAAGCCAGCAACUCAGUAGCAGUGUUCAGUGUGUCACUGUAACAAUCUCUGUAACAGUGUUCAAUGUGUCACUGUAACAAUCUCUGUAACAGUGUUCAGUGUGUUUCUGUAACAGUGUCUGCAACAGUGUUCAGUGUGUUUCUGUAACAGUGUCUGUAACAGUGUUCAGUGUGUUUCUGUAACAGUGUCUGUAACGGUGUUCGGUGUGUCACUGUAACAAUCUCUGUAACAAUGUUCAGUGUGUUUCUGUAACAAUCUCUGUGACAGUGUUCAGUGUGUUACUUGAACAGUGUCUGCAGUUUCAUAUCUGUAUGAAAGAUGAUCAACUCUGUUUUCUAAGCAGAACAUCCAGGUGUUCAGUAUGACAGAGCAGCCAUUCUACCCAGCCCCGCCCACCAUGGGGUACCUGGAUGGCAACUAUUUCCCACAGCAUGACCCCACAGCACUGUGCCACAGCUAUCUGUCCACUGGGGGCUCCACUGAGCUGCAUCAGUCAUCCCCACCCUUCUACCCCAGCUUCUCUACCCCUGAGAGCCCCUAUGCUACUGGAGUAGCCCCACCCCCACCCGGGAGCCCAUUGCUCAGGCUUGCUGGGAAAUCUGCAGCUCCUGUGUGGGACUCCCAGCCUGCAGGGGGCACCCUGGCGCAGAGUAAGAGCGGCCCCAGAGAGGGUUACCAGCUCAGUGCCCUGCCCCAGGGCGGCAGUGCCCUGCAGAGGCUGGACUCCUUCUCCAGCGCCUUCGCCAGUCACAAUCUCUGCAUGUUCCGAAGCUCCGCCCCCAGUCUGGACAUGCCCCUCCCUUUCUGUCUGACCACACCCUCUGAUGUAUUCCUUCAGCAGCUCCUAACCCACAGACCCCAGCAAACAGAGAUUCAGCCAAUGGGGGCCCAGCAGACAUGCCCAGAGUUGGAGUCUGAGCAAAUGAGCAGCUGUGACCAGAGACAUACCCUCAGUGCACAGGAUGCUGUACAGCUGCCGCAUGGAUACCUGCUGCAGGAACAGUACUGCCCCCUGCAGCAGCACCAGGAGAUGAACUACCUCCUGUAUUCCGGCCCAACAGCAAACCCUGCCACUCAAACCUCAAACCCCUCCCACUCAACAGCAAUCUCCAUCCCCCAAAACUCAAACGCCUCCCACCCUACAGUUAACUCCAUCCCCCAAACCACAAAUCCCACCCAAACACACAAUGACUCGGCACACCCAUUUGCUAACCCCGCCCAUCAGAACACCCACUCCACCCAACUGUCUCCACCCUUCUCCUCCUCAUACAGUCAGGUCUGUAACUUCCAGCUCUAUUCUCAACCUGACCCUGCCCCCUCAAUCCCGCGCACUCACUUUUACUACCAGAACCACCACCAAAACCAAAACCAGAACCACCACCUGAACCAGAACCAGAACCACCAGCAGACUCCUCAGCCAAGCAGUUUCCAAGCACAGCAGCAGGUGCAGAUGCUGAAGGAGUCUGAGCCCCUCUCCUGCGAGCAGUCCUGCUCCGACUCCAGGUGCCCCACCCAGCUCUGCCCCGCCCUGCUUAGCCCUGCCCAUCUCAGCCCUGUGGAUCCAAACCCCUCCUUCUGCCAGCCACACCCCCUGCUUGCAGCCGCCACUCACAGCCCGCGGCACCAGAAUCUCAGGUCAGAGAUGGACUUCCAUGGUGCCGCCCAGCCCCAGUGCUGCUCGCCCAGCGCCCCCCAGUGGCGGCAGGUGUUCUCAUCAGUCCCGGAGCAGGAACUGUAUCAGGAUCACAGUGUGCUGGUGAAGCUGAUGGAGACAGACGUCCCCAGGCUGCUGUGCUCUCUAUGUCAGAAGGAGUUUAAGAGUCUGCCGGCUCUAAAUGGCCACAUGCGCUCUCACGGGGGCGGGGUCCCGCUCAAAACGCCAUUAAAAAUGGGGUGUGGCUCAGGGGCGGGGCCGGAGAAGAGGAGCCGUUCCCGCUCUGUGCCACUCAUCAGCGCCUCCUCCAAUGGCGCGGUGCUGUUCCAGAGCCUGCUGCGCUCACCCGCCCUGCUGGGACAGGCCCCGCCCUACACUCCGCCCCCCAUGCUUUGCCCCACCCGCCACGGCUCUGGGCUGUUCAACAACAUCUGCCCAGGAGCCCCGCCCCCUGGUACAUCUCCCACCCUCUCCCCCCCUCGAGUACUGCUCACCAGGACCAGUAGCUUGGACAGCAGCGUUAAAAGGGAGAUUAUGAGCUCCGAAGAGAAGCUGGUGCAGAUCAAGCCGCAGAUCAAUAUUGGGCUGCAGUUCCAGGCUGUGAUUCCUGAGCUGCAGAGACUGUCCCACAUAGACAGGGAUUCCCAAAAGGCCCAACUGCUCUGGUCCCCCCAGGGGGUCCAGGAAAUCCCAACCAAGCAGAGAGUAGAUGCCUUGUUGAACAUGGCAUGCUCCAGCAUCCUGCCCGGAGGCGGGACUAACACAGAGUUUGCUCUCCACUGCCUGUUCGAGUGCAGGGGAGACCUCCUGGCCACACUAGACAGGCUGCUCAUGCAGAAACCUGUGAGACACAAGUCUAACCCCUUAGCAUGCUACCACUACGCAGGAUCUGAUAACUGGACGCUUGUGGAGAAGAAACAGCUGAACAGAGCCUUUAUCCUGCACAAUAAGGACUUCUUCCUCAUACAAAAAAUGGUGAAGACUAAGACUGUCUCGCAGUGUGUGGAGUAUUACUGACAGUGAGGUGUGUUACA